UGUGUAAAAAAGAUUAUCCUGAACUCGAUACCGUACCAAUAGGGCAAUUGUUUAUAAAAGUAAAUCCUAUUAUUAAUAUUUGCAACAUUAUGUUAUUGGCUCCUGGUUGGUCGGUUGGUCCCGGACAUUGUAUGGCCAUGAGAUCAGACCCCGAGCUAUCCCAUCUAUUAUUCGCUUGGAGAAUAAAGUAUAAAUUUAGAAAUACAGAUGUUACGAUCAAAAGAAGUAUUGUUCAUCCACAUUUCAAUAGGGACACGUUUGCUAAUAAUAUUGGCCUCGUACAACAUGUUACUAUUCGUGGUCAUAUGAAGGAUAAUAUGGGCAGUCACAUCGACAAUACCUUAAUUAAUGAUAAAAUUGAUAACAUUGUUAUAGUAAGCUGGAAUUUUGAUACAGCCCAACAUAAAGAUGAAAAUAUAGUAAUAAAUCCUGUUCAAUUAUUAAACAAGGAAAACUGUUCACUAUAUAUGACACCAAUAAUAGAAUUGAGAAGCUAUGAAUUUUGUACAACAAUUGGAAAUCAUGUUAAUACAAUUUUAGGCCAUGGUGCUUUGAUUGUUAAUAGGAAAGAUUCACAUACUUUGGGCUUUUUUACGUGGGGAGAGAGACAGGAAAGGUCUUUGCCACUCGUUAUUCUUAACUUAACCAAUUUUCAAGAGUGGUUAAAAAUUAUUAUAACAUAAUUAAAAUAUGACAGUUUCAAAUAUACGUUUGUGCAUGAAAAUAGUUUUAUUUCAACAACU